AGCCUGGCAGGGUCAGUCCUCUACCAGAGCCCUGGAGCAUGGCUGUGUGGGGCCUGGGAGGUCGCCUUGGCUUGCGCGGGUGCCUGGGCGCCCGCAAGCUAUUGUGUCCCCGUUUCCAGAGCCGCGGCCCCCAGGGCGUGGAAGACGGGGACAGGCCACAGCCUUCCUCGAAGACAUCCAAGCUCCCCAAGAUCUACACCAAAACAGGAGACAAAGGGUUUUCCAGCACCUUCACUGGAGAAAGGAGACCGAAAGACGACCAGGUGUUUGAAGCCGUGGGAACUACAGAUGAAUUAAGUUCAGCCAUUGGGUUUGCUAUGGAAUUAAUUGCAGAAAAGGGCCACCCGUUUGUGGAAGAGCUUCAGAAAAUCCAGUGCUCCCUGCAGGACGUCGGCUCUGCCCUGGCAACACCGCGCUUCUCAGCCAGGGAGGCUCACUUAAAACAUGCCACGUUCGAGGCAGGGCCCAUCUUGGAGCUGGAGCAGUGGAUCGACAGAUACUCCAGCCAGCUGCCCCCGCUCACGGCUUUCAUCCUGCCUUCCGGAGGCAAGAGCAGCUCCGCACUGCAUUUCUGUCGGGCCGUGUGCCGCCGAGCUGAGAGACGCGUGGUGCCUCUUGUCCAGUCCGGUGAGACGGAUGCAAACGUGGCCAAGUUCUUAAACAGACUCAGUGACUAUCUCUUCACGUUAGCCAGAUACACAGCCAUGAAGGAGGGGAAUCCAGAAAAAAUAUACAAGAAAAAUGACUUGUCGGACCAUGCCUGAGGCACGUGGAAAUAAUGGAAAAAGGGAGCUUUGCAGACUCCUCCACAGUGACAACAGGAAAGGAAGACUUUGCCCUCAUGUCCUGAUCCCUGAAGAUCUCACCCAGAGGGGCCAGAAGCUGGUCUUUUGUCCAGACUCAGCUUCCCCUCAGGGCCCCGCCACUUCCUUCAGGAGCUGAGGCCGGUGGAGAAUCCUGCCCCCUCCCCUGGGCUCUCCUCAGCCUUCCAGGAGGUGGGAAUAAACCCAGUGUUGCAGGAAAGAAAGAUAAAGUGAUUGCUUCAUUGAGGAGCCAUGAAGAAAAAAGAAUAAAAGUGGGAAAGGCUUGAGGGGUGUGUGUGUGUGUGUGUGACAGAGAGAUGCCCUCCACUGGCAGUUCUGGCUGUCCGAGGAUUUGGAAUGGUACCAGAGGCCCUUGGAAAUGUAACUGUGAUUUACCUGUGCCAAAGGGGCUUUAAAAUGUCACAUUUAUAAAGAGGAAGGCAGACAGGAUUUGGAGUUUAGUCACCUCUGAGCCACUCAUCAAGGGGGAAAGACGGCUGCAGACUGACAGGCGAGGCCUCGGAAACAGUUGGACUGAAGUGCGUGUGUGGCGAGGGAGCAGCCCGGAGAAUCUUCUCUAAAGGGGAGCCUUCCUCCAUCAAGAGACGGACACCCCGGGGAGAGGAACACCACCACUUUAAGGAGGGCAUGUCCUGCCCGGGCAGGUGGCGUCUAGGGUCAGAGGUGAACUGCGUUCAGCUUCAGACUAUAAGCUCUUAUGUUUCCAGCGAGGCUGACGCAGACCAGACCGACUUCUCUGAUGUUGCACUUGGCUGGUUUAUGCCUCUGAGAUCCAGGCCACAGCUGUAUUUUAUUUCAGUUGUCACUGCUGCUCCCUCCCGCUAUGAAGUGACCUUGCCAGUGCCAGCUGUGUCCUUGGGAAGGGGGAUAUUUAUAAAGGGCGAGGAGGCAGCCCUGAGAACCUGAAGGUUCCACGCCACUAAUUGCAGGAAACAACUUGGGAAGGGCAGGCUCUCACUAACUGUCAGGGCGGAAACGCCCAGUGAACUCCAUCCAGCCAUCAUUUAUUAGCCUGAAGCUCGGAAGGCUAGUCCCUCCAGCCAUCCUUGCCAGCAGUUAGGAAACAUUAAAAUGAUGAGUUUUGUGCUUGCUUUCGCUUUCGUUCUUAACCACCUUACCUGCUCAUUUUGCUGGAGGAACAUCAUAUCUCGUCCCUUCUGGGUCCUUUCGUUCCUGGACUUGGGCAAAGUGGCCGAGGUGCAGGUGACCGUGAGUGAAAGUGAAAACCCUCCAGGAAGUGGCCCCGGCCAGCAGUUGGUGCCAGGUCUGGUGCAUGGUGGGCGCUCGGCCUGUGUGAACAGAACUGAGAACAUUACAGAACAGGCUAAAGGCGGUUCACUGUCGGGCAGGCACUCAGGCUGGACCGGGGAGGGUUAUGUUCCAAGAGCUCACAGCAGAUCCAUCAAGUGACUAGAUCCUGCCCACAGCUUAGCAUCUUCCCGGAAGGAGCCGGACCUACAUAAUAAAACAACAGUCCCACACCCCACCGUAGUGAAACAUCUGCAAAGGACAAGAGAAGUUCUUUGAGUAGAUACAGCGUCCUCACGGGAUGAUCUCUGAAACAAGGCCUUUUCCUGUAGCCAAAUCCCCUCCCCACCAGCCCUUGCUGGGAGGGGCUGUCGUAGGCCAGAUGGUAACUCUGGGUUCCCAGGCCCCGCGCCCCCUGCAUCGUCCCUUCCACCAGCAAACAUCCUGGAGAAACAAACACCCCUGAGAAACGUGCAGGUGCAGGCAUGUCCUGUGCCACUGACCUGGGAAGAACUGAGGAGGCCUGCUGGGGAGGGGGGUUGCCCAGGGGAUGGGUCAGUUUGAAACUUUGGCUCCUCUGCUGUGCCUUACCAUAGCCAUGUGGGAGCUGGAAGCAAAAGGAAAAAUGUGUUCACCCCGCACACUUAUCAAAACAUCCUCCCCGGUCUCGAACCCAGUGGGAAAAGUUAAUGAAAGCUCCGUGAUCGAAACACAUGACUAUACAUAAAGCCCGUUUGCAACCACUGUCAACCCUCGUAAAUGGUUGUCCGCAUCCCACAGCAACGCAGGUCGGGAGAGAAAUGGCAGGCUGUUUUUAUGUAUAAUGGUGAUACCUUGUCGAUCAUAGAUUUUGUUUUUGCAUAAAUUUGAUUUUUAAAAAUAUCCCGGUGAGGGACUUCCCUGGCCGUCCAGUGGUUAAGACUUCACCUUCCAAUGCAGCAGGUGUGGGUUCGAUCCCUGGUCAGGGAGCUAAGGUCCCACAUACCUUGUGGCCAAAAAAACCAAAAACAAAACAGAAGCAAUAUUGUAACAAAUUGAAUAAAGAUUUUAAAAAUGGUCCACAUCAAAAAA